CCUCCCGCAUCCUUAGGGCACGCCAUACCCCUGACGGUAUAUAUGCCGAGAGGGGUGCACCAGGAUGCAGACGCAAAAGAAGAAAAGUUAUGAAAAAGUGUCGUCCCACUUGCGAGUGCAAUUGCCUAACUUGCAAGUGCUUGGAGUUUUAGAGCUGAACAGAAGAGGAAAAAAACACAAGAGAAGUUCACGGUAUCGUUCUAACAGAAAUGAAGACAAUGAUGGAGAUGAUUCUGGAUCGGAUAAUGAUGAUAAUGAUUCUGGAUCGGAUAAUGAUGACUUUCCUCCAUCUAAAUCGGCGGUGAAUGAAGGAACGGAGCCAGAAUUUGAGGUCUGGGGAUUCGGAAUUUUAAGACAGGACAACGACCAUAAGGAAGCUCAAAAUUUCUUGAUAAGUUCCAGGAAAAGAUAAUGCAACAUCAACUGAAAUUGGUUGUUCUAUGGUACCUGAGCAACCAGAACAAUCACGCACUUCUGGACAUGUGCAAGCGUCCGUUGAGCAUAAUUUUGCAAUAGACAGGGGACCACAAUUGGGGCUAUGAGGAUGAAGAUCUCGAGGUGGAUUAAGCAGCAACGCUAGUUCAAGAGGAACAUGAAUCUCAGAAUGUUGAGCUGAUUAAAGUUUGUGAUAGCCCAUCAAUGAAAAUGGACGAUGCUUCAAGAAAGAGAAAGAGAAAGAGAAAGAUAGCGGGGGAAAAUGAGACCAGCUGCCCUCAUUGAACCAACUAGCUUGCAUGACUUUGAUUGGAUCAUGAUAAGAAACCUCCUACUUUG